UUUAUUUUAACCCCAGGUCCAACUGAUGAAAUACCUGUAAAAGUUUCACCACUUGUGGCAGCUAUAAGGAGUACUCGAUAUGUUCAUGUCAAAGAGAUAUAUAUCUGGGAUGUACCUAUGAAACACGAGGAUAUUGCUACACUGGCAUUGCUUUUGGAGCAAUCUAUAUAUCCCAUUCAAUACCUGGAACUUUUGGAGUGUAGUAUCAACAGCUAUGGAGUAGACAGGCUAGAAAGGUCCAUAUGUAUGAGCAAUCUGACCGCUCUGGUGCUUGAUUAUAACAAAUUUGGUGACUAUGGCUGCAGUGGUCUUUGUAGAGGUCUCUUUGGUAAUAGAGUGCUGUUACGUCUCAGCCUAUGUUAUUGUGACCUUGGUCCUCAAAGUGGGGAGCUCCUUGGUAAAACAAUUUCCAACACAUCCGUAAGAGAUCUCUAUCUUGAUGGCAAUUUUCUGGAGUGUGAAGGGGUGAUUGAACUUAUAAAGCUCAUCGCUGACACAGCUGAAAUGGAAGCUAUUGAGCGUGCAGAGAGAAAGGAUGGGGAAAUCGCUGACUCAAAUUCAUUAACUGUACCUGGUGUGGCAUCAGCCAUGUCGUCAGUGUCAAGAGCAUCAUCAUCAGUUUCUGUUAGGAGUAAACCUGGAAGUGCAAGUUCUCGAAUGCCAUCUACUGGAAAAAUGGGAAAGAAAGGGAAAAAAAAGAAAAGUGCAAAGAAGAAGAAAGAGCCUUCUCCCCCACCAGUAGUGGGGCCUUGGAUUCAGAAACUUCACUUGUUGAACAAUGGCAUUGAUGGGCAUGGAUUGGGUUCAACUCUUGGGCCUGUCAUGUGUAUGAAAAUGUUCAGAAAACUUAUAACACACUCUGAAAGCUUACAAGAACUUGAUCUAGAUGAUAAUGCUAUUGGUGACCUUGGUGGAAGAGAGAUCCUUGAGGCUCUCAUGGAUAGAAAGGAAGGUGGCUUGAGUCCUAUGAAAAUCAAUGUAUCACACAGAUUAAAUUCUUCAAUUUUUGCUGAAAUCAACAAGCUUGGCUCAGGUCUCAAGAAGAAAGGGAAAAAAAGCAAAGGAAAACCAGGAAAGAAACGAAUUUAGAGUAAAGAAGAGCUUCUCAAGAAUCAGUGGAGUGAUGUUUAUGUAGAAUGUCAACUUAGUACCUGGGAAAUUUUGAUGAUUUCAUGUAAUUAAGAACAACUUGUAAAUUAAUGUCACUUACUGACAAAUCUUUCAAUAAAGUUUGAACUAUUUUUUA